AUUAAUAAUUACUUAUAAAAAAAAAAAUCAAGCAUUUAUGCAAAGAUGAGUAGCGAGAGCGAAGAGAGAGUGUUUUGGAAUGAUAAAACCUAUGGAUAUGAAAGAACUUUUCUAUCCGAAUUCGAGCAUAAUUACAUAAACACUAAGUGGUUUGAGGCCGCAAAUCAAAACGCAAUCGAUCAAGAUGAAUCUGUGACGAAAAGGAUCCGAUUUUCUCCAGAAUCCCAUCACCAGGAAGGAGACGCUGAUAGUUCCGAACAAUCGAGCCCUCUUGGCUUGACACUGCGAAAAACACCGUCUUUUUUGAAUUUGGUGCAAACGAGUCUAUCUCAAGGCAAGAAAGCAGAUCCACCGAAAAAGGACGACACGGGAUCUUCAUCUACACCCGAGAAAUUGAAGGCUUCCAAUUUUCCCGCCAUUUUCAUUAAAAUCGGUGUUUGGCAGCGAACUACAAGGAACGAGGGAGAUUUGACUGCCAAACUUUACUAUGCAAAACGCAAGUUGGUUUGGGAGGUUUUGGAUGGGGCAUUGAAGAGUAAGAUCGAAGUACAAUGGUCGGAUAUUAUCGCGAUUCGUGCAACUACUCAUGAAAAUGAGCCCGGAACUUUGGAAAUCGAGGUUAGUUAUUUCUCAAUGUCCCGUACGGACAUCCCAUUUAGAAUUAACAAUGAGUUUUUAGCUCCGCCACAUUCACAUUGGGGACAAGGCUCGUUUAACAAUGACGUUUUUCCAUACCAAAGCUAUCAACAGCAACCGAAGGGUGGAAUAAUAAACGAUAUCGAGAGCCAUUUGAUGGGAGAGCCUUCCUCAGAUGAAGGAACCUUGGGCACAAUUGACGUGACUUACGAUGCAGCAAAUUUAUCGGCAACUAAUUACCAAGGUAAUAAUAGUGAUGAGUUGGUUCAUUACGUGAGGUAUAAUAUGGAUAGUGGCAUGAUAGACGGAGAGUAUCGGGAGAUGAGCUUCAACUGGAUGCCAGCUGGACGGCCGGAUGAGCAAAUGGGGAAUGAUGAUAAUUCUUCGCUUCCACCGUUUGUUUUUCCUGAUCCUGACGAUGAUGACCCGAGUGACGACCAUAUUUUUUAA